UUUCUGCCCUUGCCUGUUCGUGCUUCUGUGACAGUUUUCCUCAAGCCGUGCCCUGAGUGCAGUGUGCUUUGGCCUCACCCAGACGAAACCUCAGCAAAAGCUACAGGAGGCACAGUCCAGCGAUUCUGUGGCCUCUCCUGCACCUUCCUAGGAAUGGAGAAUGUAUUUUAAUUACAGUCUGCUUAAAGGGAAGUUUUCUGGACUCAGUAGGCCAAGUUCAGACAUAGCAAAUAAAACGGUAACAGUUUAUCUUGUUCUAGCCAACUCCACCCCUAGGAGGUUUGAAGUUUGAGCCUCCUGUAAACUCUAUAACAGCUUCGCUUUCCUCAAAUUGAUGACACCCAAAGCUCCAACAGUUGGCGAUUUGUACAAUUUGAGACCCAUCAGCUCCGUGCACAGUACAAAAUACUAGAAGCCCGUGAUUAAAAUGGCUUCCAGAGGAAAGACAGAGACAAGCAAACUAAAGCAGAAUUUAGAAGAGCAGUUAGAUAGACUGAUGCAGCAGCUACAAGAUCUGGAGGAAUGCAGGGAGGAGCUCGAUGGGGAUGAAUAUGAAGAAACUAAAAAGGAAACUUUGGAGCAGUUGAGUGAGUUCAACGAUUCACUGAAGAAGAUUAUGUCAGGAAAUAUGACUUUGGUAGAUGAACUCAGUGGGAUGCAACUGGCCAUUCAGGCAGCUAUCAGCCAGGCCUUUAAAACUCCUGAAGUCAUCAGAUUGUUUGCGAAGAAGCAGCCAGGUCAACUUCGGACAAGGCUGGCUGAGAUGGACCGAGAUCUGAUGGUGGGGAAGCUGGAAAGAGACCUGCAUACCCAGCAGAAGGUGGAGAUACUGACAGCUCUCAGGAAGCUCGGGGAGAAGCUGACAGAUGAUGAUGAGGCCUUCCUGUCAGCCAACGCAGGUGCAGUGCUCAGCCAGUUUGAAAAAGUCUCCACAGAGCUCGGCUCUGGAGACAAGGUCCUUGCUCUGGCAGGGUUCGAGGUUGGAAAAGCCAAGAAAUGACAGCGUGGUGGGUUUGGCCCUGGCAGCCCCGUCCGUCCUGCACUUGGUGCUUCCAUCCUGAGGACUCAAAGGCAGCGCAAAGAGGAGAGACUCUCAACAGGCAGCAACAGCCAGGAGCAGGUGACCUGGAGACGCAGUGUGGCUUCUGCUUGGGUCCUCGUCCCUCUCCGUGCCUCUCCCUUCUUACAUGACCCCAGACUUGUUGGGACAGAGGGACGUUGUUCACUGCGGUUUGUUCUGUUAAGAUGUCUUGUUCUUAGUGCUGAUAGGGUGAGAGCUGCGAGCUAGUGGCUGUCCCGCCUUUGUCUGCAUGCCUUGCGAUGAACAGCACAGUGGUGUCACUGGCCGCCCUGCAUCUGGAGAACCUUACAAAGCUUUCUGUUUUUACACAAGGAAAACCAAGACGUAGAGUAUCUGAUCUGCCCAAAGUCCCUCCAGACGCAGGGCUGAGGCUGGGGCUCAGGUGUCCUGAAUCCAAGUUUUAUUUCUUUCUUCUGUACUGUUUCUGAGGGUUUUUUUUAAUAUAAUAAUUAACUUGUAUUUGUGCAAGUUGGCGUCUUUGAACACUCAGUGUCCUACCUAACUCAGUUGAAUGGGCACUGAGGCCUCUUCCAGCCUGGUGGUGGGCAGCAUGAAUGGGCCCCAUUGUAUCUCUGGGUUCCUAAGGAGCAACAAUGGGAGCCCUGUUGAGAGCCUCCUGAAGUAACUUAACCCCCUGCCUUGUCAGUGGGGAAAUGGCAGCCCGAAGCCCUCUGUGUGUGACCUCCUGCCAGCUCUGAGGGUGGUAACAGCAAGUUACUAUCAACUGUGCAGUUUGGGGAGAAACACAGAGUCAUGAGGAAAGUAGGUUUCUCCCUGGGAGCCAUAGCUCUGCAUGGGCAGCCUCGAGCCUCGCCCUCACACAAACCUUCCAGGCCUUGCCUGCAUUGUAGUCCUUUGUGUAUUUCUCAUUAUUAUUAUUAUUUUUUUUUGCACUUUAUACAAAUUAAAAACAUUUUUACUGCUUCUUAUAAACUAAAGUUCUACUAGGUGCUUUGCCAACUGGACAAAUUAGGGGACCUCAGCUAUGUAAAUGCCUUAUUUGGAACUGUAAUGUCUUUUGGACUCUUUGAGAGGUGUGGGUCUAUGAGCCAACAAGACGGCCCAGUGAGUAAAGGUGCUUGCUGCCAUUCCUGAUGCCCUGAGUUUAAUCCCCAGAUCCACCUGAUGAAGGAAGAGAAUUGACUUUUACAAGGUAUCUUCUGACCUCCACAGAUGUUCCAUGGCCCAUAUGUGUACAUAUGUACACACGCAUAUAUUCACACUUACACAAUAAAUAAAAGAAACAGUGAGCAGGAGUCCCCAUGCUGGAGUCAUAGGCUCAGACUCUUCUAGCCACUCCUCCUCCCAAGAAGCUAGUGCUCAGAUGAGCACUGCUGGGCCUUACCAGUGGGCUGUCUCUAUUCAGUGUAGAUCACCCAGAGAGCUGAUCACCCUGUAACCCGCGGUGCUCUGUGUGCCACCGCCAUUCCAUAGAGAGAAGUUCGUAUUACCCAGAAGUCCCAGUUCCACAGUGUAGAUUCAGUGAUGCUGUGCAGCUCCCACCCGAGCACCAAUCAUGCCCAUCGUUCAUGCAGGAGAGCCUGUGUCUAUUCCAGUCACUCCGAGCGAGAUGCCUUCCUCCAGCCUCCAGCCUCCAGCCUCUGAGCUGCUCUCUCGUCUCUACAGCUGGACAGUGCAUAUGAACUUUCCAUGUGAUUAUACCCUGUGUUCCUGGUUAUGUAUCGGGCUUUUUCAUGCAGUAUUUUUAGGGCUAACUCACAUUGUAACACACUUUGAAACUUCAUUUUUGUGCCUGACUAAUACUACCCUGUAUGAAUACUAUAUUUAGCCGUGUGUCUGAUGAACAUCUGGGUUGUUUUCAGAUUUUGUGAACAGUGCCAUUAAGAACAUUUCUGCACAAGUACAUGUUGAGUUCCUAUUUUCAGGUUCCUUUGCGUUAAUACCUAGUUACCGAAUCGUUAUGUUGAGUUUUAAUAUAUAGCGAGAUUGUCCUUUGCCUAGUGCUCCCCCAGUAAACUGAGGAAUCUAGAGGUAUUUUUCAUCUGAAGAAGACUCAUGUCAGUCUGAAACCCUUAAUGUUGGGGAGCCUUAACCAUCCUUAAAGACCAGCACCAGGAGGCUGGGUAUGGUAUCAUACACCUGUGACCCCAGUGCUGGGAGGCAGAGACGAGGUUGACACCAGCCAAACAAAGAGAAAAUAGAACCACGAGAUGAACAUGGGAGGAACUUACUGUUACAGCUUUCUGCUCUACGGAAAGUUGCCCCCUGUUAAGAGUCUGACACUCUGGGCACCUCAGUUACGGCAGCUCAUGGAGCCUCACUGUCUUCAGCAGAGGUAGAAGACCUGCUUUGCAGUUACUUUGCAUUUCCUCCCUCAGCAGCAGUUAGCUGUGGUGCCAGUGCACCAUUCCAGUGCUCAUUAGCCUGAGUGAUAUCUGCUUCCCCAAUGCCGUGAUCACCGUAAGGCCCUACAAGGGCAGUUAUUAAAUGCCAGUAAACCGUGUCUCCUGUUCACAUCUUCAUCCUUUCUGGAACUUGAAGGUCUGUCACAUACAGAAGAGAACCUUGUAAUAUUCCUGUGCCAAGAUAUUUUGGUGAAAAUUUCUGCAUUUCAGGCCAGGUGUGGUGGCACAUGGAUCGAAUUACUCAGUUUAUAUGUGUAUGCCAUGGGUAGGUGCCCAGGGCACUAGCAGAGUGUUGAAUCCUCCAGAACUGGAAUUUCAUCACUUGUGGGCUACCAGAUGUGUGUAUGGUCGGGGGGGGGGGCAGAGAAGCAGAGGCAGGUAGGUCUCAUGAGUUCCAGGCUAGACUGCUCCACAGUAAAUACCAGGCCAGCCAGGGCUACGUACCAAGACCAUGUCUCAAAACAAAACAAAACAAAAAAAAGUUCCAAUGAGAGUGUCUAAAUGGGCUGUUAGCUAAAUCUAUUAACCUAGACUUUGUGUUUCAGAGAUUUGUUUGAUCUUGCAAAUGGCAACAGGUAUUCUAGGCAGGAGGGUUUUCAGGAGAAACCAAGACUUUGGGGCCAACAGCUCGUAAACUGUGAUGUUAGGCCGUUCUCUAACAGCAGAGCCACGGAAUAAAAGGCUGUGAGUCCAU